UCAGGAGCCGUGUGAAGUUGAAGGGGGAAUUUCAGUUAACACCUCCGAAUAGAGAAACAAACAAUUCCACUAAGAAAAACCCAAUAAGACACUCCAAACCACAUCCCUUAUAAACCAAGGAAAUUAGGAUGGAGGAUGUAUCGCAUGAGGAACAGGCCUUGAUCUGGGAAGCCUUCCGCAUUUUUGACAAGGAGAACGAGGGCGCCAUCACGUCCAAGGAGAUGGCGGUGGUGAUUCGCGCCCUCGGUCGCCAGCCCAACGACUCGGAAGUUCAGGCCAUGAUCAAUGAGGUUGACUCAGAUGGUAAUGGUUCCAUCGCGGGUCGGGAGUUCUGCAACAUCAUCCUGCGCAAAAUGCGUGACACCGGUCAGGAGCAGGAGCUUCGCGAGGCUUUCCGCAUUUUCGACAAGGAAAACAACGGCUACAUUACCACCACCGAGCUAAAAAACGUUUUCUCUGCGCUGGGCGUUAAGCUUGGCGACGACGAAUUGGAGGAAAUGAUUCGUGAGUACGAUUUGGAUCAGGACAAUCACAUAAAUUACGAGGAGUUUGUUAAUAUGAUGACCACGCGAUAGAAUCUCUGGGUAAACAUUGGUAUUUUGGGGCAUUGAAGAACAUUUGAAUCUACCUUUGAUCUAUUUGUCAAAAUGUAUUUUUGAUUUAUUAUGAUAAAACUCAAAAAAGAAAAGAAACGUAAAAAAACGUUCUAAUACAAUACAAAAAAAACGUAUUUUAGCCAGUAUGAGCAG